CCUCUAUAUCUGAAUGGAUGUAGGCAAUGCUACGUCGCUUCGACCAAUCGUCGUCGGUGCGUCCAAACAAGGGGCAUAUCUCACGCAAAUCGUGGGACAGUUCAACUCUUAUGAGUUUUGCUCUAACUUCGGGAGGGUUGUUUUCUAGGUUGGUAAAGUCAACGACUGGUGGUCGAUCAGGCGUAGCAACCUUUGAUUGCAGACUACGCUCAGCAAUGCGGAACGGAGUCUGCGAUUCUUGGGCUUUCUGUCUCUCUUUUACAUUUUGGAGUAAUUGUCUCUUCCACAUCUCCUUCUGCCUCCGAGAUUUGAGGUGAGCAGGAGGCUGUAAAGUUUCCAUGGCCGAUAAUGAGCAACGGUUGCAAAAUUCAGUUUGGGUAAAGGGUAAUUUUUUUUUUAAUUCGAGGUAUAAAGAGGGGGUUUUUUUUCACUGCUGAGACCAAAAUCACUGCUUCAAAGCUUGCAAUGCAGAGCCUCAACCAUUUUUUGAACCAUUCACUUGGUAGAGUGAAAGAAGCCAUUCACGCUGGAUCUUCGAAAGACAGCCUAUACCUUAUAACAGGAAAUGAAUCUGGUGAUUUGGAUUCCAUUGCCAGCGCUUUGACAUUUGCGUACCUGAGCGACCACAAGAGCAAAAAUAAGCAAGACUUCUUCUUGCCUCUUGUCAAUAUACCGAAAAAUGACCUCGCAUUGCGACCAGAGGCCGGCUUUGUGCUGUCAAAAUCCUCCGUUGAUCCGCAACUGCUUUGCUAUAGUGACACAAUUGACUUGUCCGUUUUAUCAGAUGUGUUUCAACAAAUCCAAUUAAUUCUGGUUGACCACAACAAGCUUGCCAAUCCAUUCUCACUGGAUGAGAAGAAAUGGUCGCCUCUCGUUAGUGGUAUUAUUGAUCAUCAUGUUGAUGAACACUUGUACGGUACCGAGCUAUUCAGAACCAUCAAACCUAGUGGAUCAUGUUCCAGCUUAGUUGCGCUUCAUCAUGAAGACGUGCUACAAAAUUCCAAGGACGAGCAAUUAGAAUCGCUUGCAAAACUGGCGUUAGCUCCCAUACUUGUCGACAGCGUAAAUUUGCAGCCCCAAUAUAAUCGUACUACGGACGACGAUGUCAUGGCCGCCAACCUAUUAAAGCAACAUGUGACUCUUGAUUCUGACACUUACUUUCACGACAUUCAGACUGCGAAAUCCAAUAUACACCAUCUCAAUGACCGUGACUUGCUCCGAAAAGACUACAAAGAGUGGGAAACUGACAAUGGAUACAAAGUCGGUAUCAGCGCUGUGCCAUGGUAUCUCCAAGGCUGGAUAGAGCGAAAUAACAAAUCUAAUUCAGUGGAAACGGCGUUGCACAAUUGGGCAGACGAACGGCAGCUUGACAUAGCGUAUAUUAUGACAGCCUUUGACAGAGAAAACCAAGGAGGAUUCCAACGAGAGCUAUUAGGCCUUGUUCGGAACGAGAAAUUGAACGGCAUAUUACAAAAGAUGGAACAAAAUCAAGAGAUUCAAUUGCGACGCUUAACAGAUGAUAUUUUUAAAACAAACAGCAAACAACCAUUUGGCGUAUGGAGACAACAUAACAUUAAGUGGUCUCGCAAGCAAGUAUGGCCAUUCAUACGAUCAAUUGUUGAGAGCCAGGAGGAUACUCCCAAAUUAUAGGUAAACAUGUCAUCAACACCAAUACGCUACUACCCCAGACUUCACGCCUGUGAAAGUAAAGUGGCCCUGUAAUCAAUUCCAACGUUACACGUGAAGCUUACAUAGAGAACAUUCUGCUAUGAGAUAGAUUUUCACAAACACUUCUCUAAUACUAGUCUGGAUAUUGUAUACACUGCAAUUGUAUAUCACAGUAUUCCAAAACAGCUAUAUAAUAAAUGCUUGAGAAAGGAAGAAACCCAUGUCUUUCGUCUAAAG